GCCAUGGAAGGCUCAGAUACAUACCUCAUACGACCCAACUAUCAGCACAAAUUCAAGCCUGCAGUAGUGAAGGAGUGCAUUCGUGAAACAGUUAAAGCUAUGCUGUCUGAAGCAGAAUACGACCCAGAUGAGGUCUCAGAGCUCACCAGUACUCUGGCGGACCGUGUGAAGAAUAAAGUCAAGAAAUUAGGGUUUGAUAGGUACAAGUUGGUGGUGCAGGUGACUAUUGGAGAACAACGUGGACAAGGAGUCAAGAUGUCUUCAAGGUGUUUAUGGGAUGCCGAUACAGACAACUAUGCAGAAGAUGUUUUUAUGAAUGAGAGCUUGUUCUGUGCAGUGGCCGUGUUUGGAAGCUAUUUCUACUAA